UUUGUGUCUUGAUUAGGUAAAUAAUUUCAAAAUUCAAAAUUUAAUUAGUUUCAAUGGAUAAAUUCCUUUUCCUGUUACUUAACAAUAUGUUAUUGGUCUGUUUGCUGGUCUUUGGAGUGCAGGGCAAUUGCCGAAUAUCCCAGCAUAUGGUGGAGAAUUCGAAUCGCAUUUUCACCUAUCGCGAUGCCAGUGGAUCUCUACAGCUUCAGCGAACGGAAAUUGUUCCAACUGGAGUCACUCUGUUCAUGUACUGCAAUCCAUCGGAUAUGGUGGAAACUCAAUGCCAAGAAAAUGGACAGUUCUCGGUUCCGUUACCAAUGAGAUGCGGAAACCCAUUGCAACCGAAGACCACACGGAUCCGGGAUAACGGUUGUUCGGGAAUGCUUUAUUCGGUGGGUUAUACGAUAGAUGGGAAAAAUCUGGAACUAUAUCGCACCUGCUUUGAUGCCGGACAAGGAAGGGUUUUAUACUCAGAGAGCGAUGUCUACUUUAAGACAUUUUUUCCCAGAAGACCCUUUGUUGAUUUCGUGGCCGAUGAGAUGUUCAGUCCCAUGGAGGCCGCUGCCUAUAUGAAGUCCAACAUAUACUUUGCCUUCCAAUGCAUUUAUGGCAACGACCAGUCCUACUUGCCAAGUGCCCAUUCCUUGGUGAUUAAUCGAGGUCAUCUGGUGGCUUCGGCGGACUUCCUUUUUGUGGACCAAAUGGGCAGUACCUUUCGCUACCUGAAUGUGGUGCCGCAAAUCAAAUCGAUCAACGAUGGAAACUGGGAGAAAAUAGAGAGGUGGGUGCGCAGUCAGAUUCCCCAGUCGAGUUAUUUCCGAGUUAAGUCCGGCGGAAUUGGAACUUUGACCUUACCGGAUUCAAAAGGCGUCUUUCAACCGGCAUUUCUCGCUGGAUCCAAGAUCCCAGUUCCCGAGUGGACCUACAAAAUAGUUCGAGAUGCCAGUGGCAAUGGACUUUUCGUCUUCCUCACCUACAAUAAUUCCUUUCAGCGGGAGAGGCCACCUUGCUUGAAUAUUUGCCAUCCAGUUAACUGCCCCAUUGGUCUUCCAAAUAACCCUGUUGAUGGAUUCACCUUCUGUUGCGAUCCAAGAAGUUUCCCACUCUGAAAGAGGGGAUGUUCAUGGCAUAUUUUACCAAAGGACUAGGCCAAAUCGACUUGCGUAAUAAUCGUCGGCUGAAUAAUUUAGUAUUUUUAUUUAACAGACGCACAUUAAAUUUGCCUAAGGAUAUACACUGCGAAAAGGUACUUUGAAAAUAAAGAAUUAAUAAGAAA